GUCUAAGUUUUUUUUUUUAUUGUUUUCCCUUCCUUCUCCCAACUCUUUGCAACAACCACUCCUUUUUUUUUCUUCUCUUUGUUUCCUUUUGUCGUUCCAACUAAUGUCCAUGCUUGCUGACUUUGGAUGGGUUGUGCUGGCGUCUGGCACGGCCAUCGUUGCCACUGCGCUGCUGAUGGCGCGAAUUGCGACCCACCGCACGCCGCCGACGCUGCACCACCAUCCCGAGUCGCGGCUCGCCCGCACGCUCCGCAACAACAUGAAGACACUCUCGCGCCAGUUUCUGCCAACGUGGUGGGCGCUGAACGGCCACGCGCAGACCGUCUUUGGCGUCAUACUGCGAACCAAUCCCGACGUGGCCUAUGAGCGAGAGCUCGUUGGCAUGAGCGAUGGCGGACAAGUCGCUUUGGACUGGCACGACAUCCCGGACAUGGAGGAGUCGACGCCGCUGGUUGUCGUGCUGCAUGGUUUGACGGGCGGCUCCAACGAAAAUUACGUCAAGCACAUUGUGCUCGAAGCCGAACGCAACAAAUGGCGAACUGUCGUGUUUAACAAUCGAGGCUGUGGCAACUCUGUGGCUAUUACUCCUCGCGGAUUUUCGGCAACGUUCACGGAUGACAUUGCCGAGGUGGUCCAACAUGUUCAUGCAAAGCACCCGAAAGCACCCCUGUUUGCUGUUGGUGUUUCGCUCGGGUCGAUGAUUUUGAUCAAGUACUUGGCCGAGCGAGGAACCUCCACCGCCCUCCAAGCUGCUGUCGCCGUGUCAAACCCCUGGGAUAUCAUUGGAUCCACCAAGUCACUCGAGUCCUUCCCAAGCCUUUAUCUGUACAACCAGCGAUUGGCAAAAAACCUCAAAAAUCUCAUCUUCCGCCACCGACACUUGUUUGACGCUGCCCCCGAAAAAUGGUUUACCAUUGAGGAUGUCGAGAAGUGCCGGACUAUUCGUGACUUUGAUCAAACGGUCGUCGUGCCGAUGUUUGGCUUCGCUUCGCUGCAAGAAUACUAUUCGCAGGCCAGCUCGGUCAAUCACCUGCCCAAAGUGCAAAUCCCGCUUUUGUGCAUCAACGCUGCAGAUGAUCCCUUCUCUCCUGUUCAAGGCAUCCCGUUUGCCGCGUUUGAGGCAAACCCCAACGCCCUGCUAUGCCUUACGCCCACUGGCGGGCACAUUGGUUUCAGCGAAUCGCACCUGCCGCCGUUUGGCUCAUCCUUUGUCGAGUCGGCUCUGGGCGAGUUUUUGCACUGCAUGCUCGCACACCAGAAGGCCGCAUGAGCUCACUGUGAGGGGCGAAUCAACCCUAGAUCGAGGAGCAAAUUUCCAGACUUGUUGUUCCUUGACAAUUCAUAAAGAUUGGCUCGGAAGUUUCAAUCCAAUUUUCCAGUUUGGUAGCUUUCUCCAACUCUUGUGCACUUUGGUGACACAAGCUCGGAACACCUUCACAGUCGUUUGCAUUUUCAUAACUUGCUUUUUGUACUCCACAAUCAAAACCGGAUCAACUUGGGUCAGAGUGAUGUCAUCAGGCUGCAAGAGUACUCCAUCCUCG